GGAAAUAUUUCAGUGGGACAAAGACCAAGGCGACGAUUUUUUCCUUUAUUUAGCUCCCAUCUCGUUAAAAUAGAAAUUUCCCCAGAAAUAUUCUAGAACAAUUCGUAACCAAAUUGUAGACUUAUUAGUCACCAAAAUUAUACUACCUGAAUCCGUAUUUUCUCAUAUAAACGUUGAAAUUAAGAAAAGGAAUCUCGCCAUACGCUGCAUAAUAUAUUUCUUUGUUGCCCGCAUAAUAAUAGUAAUUCCAUCGUCACGUCACUCGCACUCGUCAUGAUUAGUCCAGAGUUCGAAUAGAUAGGUGCAUGGAUAUCGCUAAUAAAAAUCGCUAAACAGAUAUAUCGUACAUAAUUUAGUAACACAAUUAUUGAUGGAAAUCUACAAAUUUAAUGAAUAAACGAAACGAAAUUCAUACCCCGGAAGCAUAAAACGUUACAUGGUAACUUAGCUCUGUGUUUUUCGUGGUGGGAGUGGCGUUGCAUGUUAUUACUUAUCUCUCAUUAAAUGUGAUUCUAGAAUAGCUUAUCAAAAUGUAAAAUAUAGCAGAUUUUGUGCGAAAGACGAGGUGAAAAGGAGUGAAAAGUGCAACAAUUGAUAAAUAUGGACGCAGUAUAAAGGGUGCAGUAUUUCGCAUCAUCUCGCCAGUCUGGUGGACAGUAGAUCUUCGUGGAGGCUCAAAUUGUCACCUGAAUUUGAAAACCAACCAACUAAAAGUUAAUCACGUUAAUAAUUAAUAAUAAUAAUGUUAUCCUGUCGCCCUGCAGUGUCACGCAUAAUAAUUAAUCCCGUGCUUCAGUGCAAGUGUGAAGAAAUCAAAAUGAGAAUAUUGUUAUUGACGACUGUGUCGUUUUCUUCGGGCUAUUUUAAUUCUGUUUGGAAGUGAAAGUUGGUUCGUGCAGUGGUGCAGGUGCAGUGUCUUACGCAAAAGUAAUAAUAAUAAUAAUACACGAAUUACUACGCAUCGUCAUCAUAAAAAUAUUUUUUCCAAGUCGACCCAUUUUAUUUCCAUCCCGUUUUACUAUUUUAUUUUGUCGCAAAUGAAUGAAAUUUGAAGUCGAGAGAUCAAGAAUUUUCAAAGAGAACAGGAAACGAUAAAACAUCAAGAAGAAAAACAUCCCGUCACGUGGAAAGUUGGUUGGUCAACGGAUUUAUUGAUGCAGGCAAAAGUUUAUUGAUCCGAAACCAGAAACUAUGGGCUCAAAAUAAGAACUCAAAACCGCCCCGAAUUACUAAAAAUUUACCUGAAGUGAGUGAAAGUGAAGUAUAUUUAGUUAUAAUUUGUAUUAACUCAACAAAGAAGCAGUCCGAAGAGCAUUCAUUCCAUCAGAAAAUAAAAUACUGCGGUUAAUAAAACCAUAAUUCUUCUCAAUUAUGUCUCUUAUUUCCUACCCCACAAUCGUCUCAAUCUUCCCUUCGCAACGCAAAGACUAUUACAACAACUUUUUGUCCUGACGAAAACCAAGCUCGUUCCCCUGUCCCAAAGGAAGAAAAACUUUUGUGACUAUCGAGCAAAAGUGAAAAGCGCCACCCCACAACCACACCCACCCCCGACGACAAAGUUAUAAAUACCCCUCUGCCAAGUAAUAAUCCUUCUCUCCUUGCACGAUGGGAUCUUCAUCAUCGGUCCGCAUCAUCCUGCUCAUCGUGACCUGUGUCCUCUACCCGGUUGUAGAUGCCCGUGAAUUGUACACCCCGCAACAACGCCACCACUUCCUCCAGGAAAUAGUGCCCAUCACUCAGCCCUCGCCCGAUGCAAAUGAGGCCAACAAGCACCCGACCAGCACGGAAGACAGCACUUCUGCGGAUGAUUUCUACCCGAGGCAGGAUUUGCCCUUGUCUUCGGACGAGUUUGACGGCGGAUCGGUAGAAAUUGAAAGUCAUGGCAAGAAAUUGUUACCCCGGACCCAGAAGGUCAUCCAACAGCAGAUUUUGCCGUCGUCGUCAUCGUCGUCGUCACGUCAAAAAUGUGACUGUGCUACGCAGCCACCGGUCCACGUGAUUGGAAUGAGUUUCGAGUAUGAGUCGGACAAGAAACGUGUCGAGUAUGACGACUCCAGCUCGCCGCACAUUUUGGAGGGGACGCCACUCAAAAUCCGACUUUAUGGGAGGUUCGACGACACGACUUUCUUCAAAGUGUCGAAAUUCCAUAAAUGUGAUGACCCCAGUAAUCGCGAGAUGCCCGUCAAAGUCACCAACAUCGCCCCCACUGGGACCUCCGCCAUCGUCCACAUCACCCUCCCCCGCUACGGAGAACUUGACGAGAUCUUCAUCUGCCUCAACUCCUCAUCCUCGCCCAGCUUCGUUCGCCAAGGGGAAAUCGUCCUCGAUGGUGAGACGGCGAUGCCCGAGCCCUGGUUGGUCAUCAAGCUGUACAAGGCGAUGCUUCCCCUGUGGCUGCACUUCCUCCUGCUCUCCACCCUCCUCGCCCUCUCCGGCCUCUUCUCCGGCCUCAACCUCGGGCUCAUGAGUCUCAACAAGACCGACCUCAAGAUAAUUAUCAACACUGGCACCUUGGACGAACGCAGCUAUGCCGCCGCCAUUGCACCCGUACGAAAUCACGGCAACUUCCUCCUCUGCUGCCUGCUCUUCAGCAACGUUUUGGUCAACGCGUCCCUCACAAUAUUGGUUGACGACUUGACAUCGGGACUCAUUGCAAUUAUGAUGUCAACCCUGGCCAUCGUAAUUUUUGGGGAGAUAAUUCCUCAAGCGAUCUGUUCCAGACAUGGGUUAGCUGUUGGAGCGAAGACCAUUUACGUCACAAAGUUCUUCAUGUGCAUCACUUGUCCAUUGGCGUAUCCUUUAAGUAAGAUUCUUGACCGGAUAUUAGGCGAAGAAAUUGGAAGUGUUUAUACGCGAGAAAGAUUGAAGGAAUUAUUACGGGUUACGAAAGAUCAUCACGGUCUGGCAAUUGAGGAAGUUGGCAUUAUUUCUGGGGCAUUGGACAUGAAGACUAAAACGGUGAAGGACAUUAUGGUUCGACUUGAAUCCGUUUUCAUGCUUCCGAUCGAUGCAGUCCUUGACUUUGAAACCUUUGCUUUUAUCGAAUACCAAGGAUACUCUCGAAUUCCCGUCUACCAGGAGGACCGUUCCAACAUUGUUGGGCUACUCAACGUUAAGCAACUCACUUUAUUGGAUGCCAACGACAACAUUCCACUCAAAACUGUGAUUGAGUAUUAUCAGAAUCAGUUGUUCUUCGUGUUUGAGAACGCACGACUGGAUUACAUGUUCCGCACUUUUAGAGAAGGAAACAAGGGCCACAUGGCGUUUGUCCAGCAAAUAAAUGACGAAGGCGAAGGCGACCCGUUCUACCAAACCAUUGGUCUCGUCACGUUCGAGGAUGUAUUGGAGGAACUUCUACAGGCCGAAAUUAUGGAUGAGAGCGACAUCGGAAAGCAAGAAGCACGCUUAGCCCCCAACAACAAACGCGAACCCAUAAAACCAUUCGAUUCUAAGCGCAAACCAAAAGUUCGUGUCGAAAUUCCAGCCCCAUUGGCGUUGGCAGCUGUCCAAUUUUUGAGCACAAGUGUCGAACCCUUCAAGAAAGAGUGGCUUUCCGUCGCCAUUCUGCAACGGCUCGUUCGUGGGUGUGCCCAGUACAUAAAAAUGCCAAAAGAUAAGGGGAAUCAGCACCUCCCAGAGAUGUACCUUUACGAAUCGGGCAAGCCAUCCGAGUAUUUCGUCAUGGUUUUGGAAGGACGCGUCGAGGUUACCGUCGGAAAAGAAAACUUGACCUAUGAAAGUGGCGCAUUCACAACGUUCGGGAAGGAUUUCUUUAUCUCAGAGUUAGCUCAGGAACAAAGUGGAGCCACCUCGCCAACCCCGACCUCCGAAAGGGGGGAUUCUUCCUGCUCAUCAUCACUCUUCAAACCGAAACGACGCACCUUUAUCCCCGACUACACGGUCCGCGUGGCGACUGACUUGCACUAUUUAAUGAUGAAGUUCAGUGCCUACAAGGCCGCCAUGCUGGCCACGGUUAUCGAACGGAGUAACGCCGACCCGUCCAAGAUUCAGAAUAAAAAUUGGCGAGAUGAAAUUGACAAGGUCUUGGAAAGAGGUGCAGCUGGAGAGGAGGACAACACGUCAGAGUCAAGUAGACGGCCCCGCAUGUCGAGAGACGAAAGUUUCAAAACCUACAAAUUCGGUACUGACACAGAACCAGCGAGCAGGAAAACGUCCCUCGUCGCCAUAGGGGAAAAUAACGGUGGGAUUCAUAGCGGAACGGGUGCCUCUUCCUGCAACAGAUUGUCCACGAUACCCGCAUCAAGCAACGAAACGAACCAUAACGGUCGAGCUCAUGGAGAGGAUGCCGAAGAGACGAGCAAAUUAUUGUGAAUAUUUUUUUUAGUCUUGGACGAUCGUCACAAAAAAGUGGACAGAUUUUUAUUUUCCAUUUUCCAGAAUUUCACUUCAUUCACUUGACUAACACGGAUAAACUUUUGAAAAAAAAAUCACUAACUUUUCUCGUCAUGAUUUCCAAUUGCUCAAAAAUUGAAGGCAGCAACAAAAUAUUCACAAAUCGAUACAAUUUGAAAUUAAAAAUAACCAAAAAUGACAUGUACAUGACCUUCCCUCGUCACCAUUAGUAAAUAGAUUGGCAACAAUUGAUCCGUCUUUUUUUAAAGUUGCUGUUCCUUUUUCCGUAAUUUUUGUCUUCCAACCUUUUUUGUACUGGAAAAAGUCAUAUUUUUUGUCACAAUGAAAAUGCGAAUUUAAUUUCCAUAUUAUUUUUUUGCUUGCUUUAAAAACUCGAGAGGCAAGGGUAGUAAAAUCGAAGCUCAUCCAUCACAUUUUACAACUCGUUUUUUAAAAGAUUUUGUGUAUGUACCAAUCAUCAUCAGACUGUUUUUUUUUAUUUUUCAUAUUAUGAUUUCGUGUUAUAAAAAAUUCCAAAUAGUCAGACUUUUUUUCUUUAAUGAAUCGUGAUCUAGUUAAUCAUCAUCGUCGUGUAUGUACAUUAUAAAGCAAAGUAUAUAUGUAUUUAAAUAGCUGGCUAGUUAGUAAAUACAUAAGGCCACAUUGAGAAUAUGUAAAAAGUGUUAUGUAUUUAUUAGGAAAUAAAACAAAUUAUAUAUUAAAA